AGGAGUGAGCCAUAAUGGCGUGUGUAAACAUUCUUCCGGUAUUUUUGGCCAUUAUUGAAUGUCAUUUAAUCAUUUAAAACGAUUUUAUUGGGGAUUUUUAUGAAAAAAAAAAAGAACAAUAGAAGAACCCCCAAAGAAUAAUUUCCAUCUGUAUAUAUAUAUAUAUAUAAUUUUCUGAAGUUGCAUAGAGGAGCUAAAAUUUUGAAAACAUGGGGCGUCGUGGAAUGCCUGGUCGCCGAAGGCAACUAAUUCAAUUGGAUAAUGCUCCAAAAACAAGCUAUUUAACUCAAACAGGUUGUUAUAGACCUGAUGAUAUAUUUAUUGAAAGCAAAAAUGUUGUUAAAAGUAGUCUUUCACUUGUCUGUGAUUAUACCGGUUCUGACUCAGAGUCUGAGGAAGAAUCAGACAAAGGUGAAAAUGAUUCUACCUUAAAUCGAAAUGGAGAUGAUGUCAGUUCUGGGAAUGACGCAAAAGAUAAUCUUCAUGCUGAAAUGCUUGGAAUAGUUGGAACCAAAGUAGAGACUCCAUCAGAUAUCUUUCGCCGGGAAUUCAACGCUUAUCAGAAAGAAACUGCUGCACCAUCAUACAACCGAGAGUUUAUUGCUUUCCAAAAAGAGACCUCCCCGUCUCUAAGCACUUCAAGUAGUGUGUCUACAGAAAUGGUAACUACAUCGACAACACAAUCCCAGAAAGCAAAUGUUCCUCUGAAGGAAAAUUCUACCACAUCUGCGGAUUCAAAGACAGUUUCUGGCUCCACUGAAACACUAGAGAGUGUAUCAAAGAGUUCAGAUAUUGAUUCUCAAGUUGCUUCUUUCCUUGCUGAAAUAGAUGCUCUUGGAGAAGAUGCUGAAGUUAAGAAUAAAGAAAUCGAUGCUGAAGAUGAGAAUGUAGACUCUGUUGUUGAUUCUACCAAAGAUGACCAGUCUCUGGGAUCUGAUGCAAAGGAAGGAACCGAUGCCAGUGGAGAAGCUGUGUCCGUUGUUGCUAGUUAUAAAUCCUCAGAAGAUUCUAGUAGCGGCGAAGAAGAACCAGUUGUGUGGCCAGAAGAGCCUGUCAGUGAAUGGCAACAGUGCCAUGAUGAAAGCACUCAACACUACUAUUACUGGAAUAUCAACAGCAAUGAGGUGACUUGGGAAAUCCCUCCAGAGUUCACUCAGUACCUCCUCCUUUACAAGGAGUACGAGUUAACCCUCAGCCGCUUAAUCAAAGAAGGCAAAACAAAACCAAAGAAGAAAAAGACCAAGUCUAAACGUGACCUGAAGAAGAAAAAUGGACAAGAUAAAUCCGAGUCGUCUGCAAUAGCGACAGAAGAAAAAACAGUAUCAGAAAGUGCAGAGUCAUCUGAGCCACAGCCUGAUGAUGUCAUUGAUAAGAAAGAAAAAAUCCUUUCAGAAGAAACAUAUGUUGAAGCUAAGUUGGUGCAGGAGACUGCCUCCCCUGAUGUUACAGAAAACACUCAGUGCUUGCCAGGGAAUUCAGAAAAUGUCAACAACGAGGAAACUAUGGAAUCUGAUAGCAAAAUUUCUUCAACUGUUAGCUCAUCACCAGUGGCUGAAAGUUUGGAGAUGACAACAGAUAAAUAUACAGAAGGUACUGCUUGUGUUGUUGAUGGAAACGGUGCUCACAUGACGAACAAUGCCAACUGUAAUAGUAGUACUAGUAGCAGUAGCAGUAACACUGAAUCCCUAGCAUCCACCGUGAACAUAUCCGAUUUAACAAUAGAAAUGUGCAAAAAGAAAUUCAAAGCUCGAAUGCAGAGGGAGGACACUACAUCCAACAAACAAGAACAGCAAGCCACAUUGGAAUUGAACCUUGAUACUGAUAUUACCACAGCUAAUAACAAAGAAGCAUCACUAGGUUCUGAUUCUGAGCAGAGUAAUAUUGAUAUUGAUGAGGUUGAUCGUGAACUGGAAUUGGCGCUAGAGAGGAAAGUGAAUGAGUUGAGGCGGUUGGAAGAAGAAGAGAAACAAUGUGAGGUAUCUGAUCGGCACCACAUGAAAAGAAAACACAAGGAAUCAGACAGUGGAAGAACAGUGAGCAGGAACAGUUCUGAUGAAGAUUAUUGUAUGUCAAAACCUCCCAAGAAAAGUAAAACUCAUAAACAUGCAUCGAAAAGAACAAAAGAAAAGAAAGAAAGUUCCAGUUCUAAAAGGUCUGAAAGCAGUAAGAAGCGAUCUUCCCACAAAGAUCAUCAGUCGAAAAAGGAAUCUCGAUCAAAGUCAAGCAAAAGUUUAAAUUACAAGAGUCAUUCAGAAGAAUCUUUAAAGAGUCAGGAGAGCAAUGAAAAGCUAAAGGAAACUGUGAUGGAUCUAAAUCAAUUAGUUAUGGACAAAAUGGACUUUUUAGAGAUUGAUAUCAACAAACCAUCCAAACUUCAAGUGUUGCUCGUCCAGCUAAAGACUCGUUCAUCAGACUGGCAAGCUGGUGGUCUGUCAACCAGCUAUUUCUUUGAAAGAUUGCAGGAAGCUAAUCAACAAAUUAUCCAAUUUGAGAAAAGUGGAGCACCAACUGGUUGGUCCGUCUGUUGGGACAGAACAUACAAACGCUACUUCUAUUGCAACAACACCACGGGCCAUUCGCAAUGGGACUAUCCGGAGCAGCCAACCAAAGAAGAGUUGAAUGGCAUGUCGGAAUCCAUGCAGCAGUCGUUGACGUUAGCCCUGUCCAGUACACCACCGCCACCUCCACCAACGCCACCACCAACUCCAUCACCAUCAAUGCCGUCAUCAUCAUCAUCAUCAUCCACAUCAUCAGCAACAACAACAACAACAACAGUGACCUCCCCUGUACAUGAAUCUACCAAGACAGCUUCUCCAAUUAGGUCAACAUCAUCAGAAAAGAAAAUAAACUAUUGCCAGGAAUCUGGGGAAAUCACUAAAUGUUCUGACAAUUUCAAAAAGGAGAAGAAGAAUCGAAAGUUGGACAAAAUUGCCUCAAAAAGUUCCAAAACUGGCAGCACAUUGGACAAAUCCCACUUAGAACAUUUACACCUGAGCAGUUCCAAAGACUUUGAUUCUGAAUUGUGUGUCUACCCAGGAGAGCCACCGCCUCCUGGUACUGAAGUGAGCAAACAACACUCUCUUCAGCAUUUGGAGGAAGUGAAACUAUCUAAAUCUGGAGAAGAAGACUUAGAAGAAGUGAUGAAACUUGCUGCUGUGUUGGCUCCUACAGGAACAUCUUUGGCGAGUUCCACAGCAUUAUCCAAGUUAGCAAGUCUGGAGUCUUCUGAGCGCACUUCACCUUUGGACGUUAACGAUGACAUGGAACUUGAUCCAGAUGAAAAUCUUCCUUUGUCUGUCCAUCAUCUGCCAAUGCACAGCAGCAGCAGCUACAAAGGGGCUGCUCUCUCUUCUAACUCAAACAGCAAUGGACACCACCUCUUCCCACUUGUGGAUGCAGCUAAUUGCCAAAACAACUCGGCUGUAAUAUCGAAACCCCCUCAAUACAAGACUCGUCCAACUGUCCCCUCAGACCCUGUUGGUGUGACCCUUCCCACGUCAAACUCUGAUACUUCUACAGUCUAUUCUAGCAAAACCAAUUCUGCUGCAAAUUCUUCAAUGGAAUGCUUUUCCUUGUCAAAGUCUUCAGCUAAAGUCUCCUCUCUGGACUCUGCCAAUACAUCAUCAAACAGCCCCGUUUCUCACGAAACAAAUGAUGCUGUUGACCCUGUCAAACCACAGCCAAAAGAGAAAAAACGCAAAAAAGAUAAGGUUAUCACAAGUACAAAUUUGACGCUGAAAAAGAAAAAUGUGUCAUCCUUGGUACAAAAAUGGCAAAAAGUGAAGAAAGAAGUUGAGAAAGAAGAUGAAUUGGCUCGGCAUGAGUUUUCAGAUGAUGAUUGAUGCCAUCUCUGUUGACUGUUACUUCAUGGUUAAUUCCACAAUUUGUUUCCUUUUGGUCUACAAAAAGAAGCUGAUUUCAACUCGCACCGUUGCUACAAAUAUCUACAUUUUGUUGUUCACUUUCAACUUGGGAGUUAAAAAAAACCAACUUUCUAACACCAAACACAGAAUGUAUCAUCAGCCUGUGGUUAUAGGACGAGGAGGAGAGAAGAUCUUUUCGUUCUUUGCGAAUGAGUGUAGAUUGACAUUUGCUUGGAAUGGAGAGAGAGAGAGAGAGGAAUGGAUGUGUAGAUGUGAAAGGGAAGACUGUGUAGAUGUCUCUGUGUUUGGAUGCGUGAAUGUGAGUGGUAUUCUGUUAUCUCUACAAGAGUUUAUUAUUAUCAAUGUUAGUGUUGAUAAUAAAUUCUACAAAAACUGUGUGUGCCUAUCGUAUUUUAAAGGAAUAAAAGUUCUCCAAUUUCAAAA